ACAUUGUCACCUCCAAGCGGCACCUUUUGUGCAUGUUCCUGUUUCUAGCCGGACUUAUUUUGAACCCGCACUAGCCAUGGCCGCCUCCGGUAGCAAAUCAUGCCUCCAAUAUCUCUUCCAUCUGGCUCAUGACCAUCUGGAUUUUAGGUUACCGGAGAUUAAGGCUCUGCUGGCUCUCCGACUGAAACCAUUCCAUCCCUGCGGAAACUUUAAAGAGCAGUCUCCUUUCUGGUGCUUGGACUGCUUGUCGGAGGAAGAUGUUUGCACCGUGAUGGCCAGAUCUGUUUGUGCAAAGUCUGCUUUUGAGCUCUGGGGCUGUGGACGAACACACAGUGAACUCAGGACAUCCCUGUUAAACUACCCACCAGAGAAAAUGAGUCCUUACAUGCAGAAAGGCUCUUCGUACAGAAUAAAUGUCUACACCUUCAAUAAAACAUUGUUGUUUGAGGACAGAAUUAAAAAGAUUGAUGCCAUGGAUUAUCUUCCCUUUGAAGGCAACGUGAGCCUGAAAAACCCUCAGCACAUCUUCUGUUUGUUGGAGGACUAUGGCACCGACCCCAACAACAUCCCUGAGCAUCCAAACUACAUCUACUUUGGCAGAUGGAUAGCAGACGGUCAGCGGGAACUGAUUCGCUCCUACAGCGUGAAGAACAGACAUUUCAUCGGGAACACCAGCAUGGACGCCGGCCUGUCGUUCAUCAUGGCCAACCACGCAAUGGCCAAAGACAGCGACCUUGUUUUUGACCCAUUUGUAGGCACAGGGAGCCUUUUGGUUGCGUGUUCUCAUUUUGGAGCGUACGUGUGUGGAACAGACAUCGAUUACAACACUAUUCACGGAAAAGGCCGGUCCAGUCGUAAAAACCAGAAAUGGAGAGGACCCGAUGAGAACAUCCGAGCCAACCUCCGGCAGUACGGAAAAGAGGACAUGUAUGUGGACGUGAUGGUGUCUGACGCGUCCAAGCCGGUGUGGAGGAACACAGCUCUGUUUGACGCCAUCAUCACUGACCCUCCAUACGGGAUUAGAGAGUCAACGAGAAGGACUGGCUCCCAUAAGGACACUAUUAAAUCCCCUGAUGGGCUAUACGCAGAGUCCCACGUACCUGUCUCACAGGCGUACCACCUGAGUGACAUCUUUACAGAUCUGUUAAGCUUCUCUGCCCACCAUCUUGUCUUGGGUGGGAGGCUUGUCUAUUGGCUGCCUGUACACAAGCCAGAGUACUGCGAGGAGAUGGUUCCUCUUCAUCCUUGCCUUCGUCUCAUCAGUAACUGCGAGCAGACGCUCUCCAGCCACACGUCACGGCGGCUAAUCACCAUGGAAAAAAUUAAGGAGCCAGAGGAACUGGACAGCCUGGCUCAUCUUUCAGACCCCCGCUUCAUCCCCUACCAGGGACACAACGCCUUCAGAGAGAGGUAUUUCAGUGGACUAAACAAAAGGUCUGGCAGGGACGACACGAAAUCAGACGUCAGUGGAAAGUGAAGACACAAAGGCCCUACUAAUAGCAAGGAAUCUUUUUUGAGUUUUUCCACACAAAAAAAGGCUUUUAAAUUUUGGCUAUCUUUGAUCUUAAUAAUGUUGCUAUUAUUUGUACUACUUUGCUAAUAAAAGGACAAACAAAUGUCAAAAAAGUGACAAAAAGUAUCUACGUUUUUUAAUAUAAUGACUAGCUUAUAAUUAUAAAAUCAAGAUCUUAGAAUUGAAUUCUAAGAUCUUGCAAAUGAUCUAACAUAAAUAAAUACAGUAUCUCUUAUCUGUUUAGAGAUGUACAGGGAAAAUGUACGUUCACUCGGCGACCAGUCAAGCAGAAACUCAGAAAUUGGAUCUUCUUUCGAUAUGUGCACUAACCAUAUCGCGGAGUUCCCAGAUUGUGAUAAGAACAACACUCUUCAUUCUGGAUGCUACUACUUAGGUGAUUAAGAAGUUGGAAGAAGUACUGAGAUAUAAGAAGUUAAUCGAAAGGAAACAAACAUUUUCUAUGUCUUGUUGCUACAAGUCCGGUACAUUCAGGCUGUGUGGGAGCGAGAGAGAGCAGGACUUUAAACAAACAACAGGAAGACUGAACUAAAAGUUGCUGUUUCUCUGUCUUAUCUUUUAGAGAUUUCAACUUUGCGAGUCAUUGAACAGGCUGGGUUUGGAAAUGUUGGCAGCUUUUUGGAAAUCUCAUAGUUAAGCCUUUGUGCUCUCGAGUUAGUUCACCCAGGGAUCGCUUUUUUAAGUAAAGAAAGACUUAAAAAAGCCAUGCUAUGCUAGAAGUGAGAACUCCCCCAUAUAAGGAGGAGUUCAUACGCUGCCCAGCGCCCUAUUACUCUCGGCACGGCGACUGGGCAGGCCUUCGACUCCAUUACCCCGUCUGUCUGUUUAUCGGGUGGGCCUCUGCCUUUCCGCUACGCUUCCUUCUCCCGGCUUCAUAGGGAGAGUUCAAAGCGCCAUCACAUGAUAUGCAGCUCCCCAUCAUUUGUGGUGAACACUACUUAUAGUUCCCACAGCGGCCUUUUGUUGUCCGUCAUCAUCAUCAUCAUGUAAAAUCAAAUGUUACAUAAAAAAAGCCUCCUUUGCCCUUCUUAUAAGUCCUGUCAUUGUAGAUUUCAUGUUGAAGAAAGUCGUCCUGUCACUGUGGUUGAGCGGCGCUGUGUUUGUGCCGCCACCACAUUAGUGAUAAAACGAGUCCUUGAGCGCGCUCAGUCUCCAAUGAUGCAGACGAUAAUUAGGGCUAGGGGAUGUGUGGAGGAAGGCGGGGGCGGGGUCCUCUCCACACACCACGUAAUGCUGUCCAGACGUUGAGGAAAUUCUGUUUGUGAAUGUGUUUAUACUCGUGUAAGAGCUGGUUUUGUUUUAUACUGGACACUAGCUGCAGUAAAGCAGUUUCUUGAUGUCUUUCAGUGAUAAUCCAGAAGCUUGAAGCCAAAAUUGUUCAUAAUAGUCACACCUUAACCAUUUGUUUAGUUGAUAAGCACUGUUAUCAGCUUAGUUAUUUUCUUUUCCUAUUUAUAUAGUGAUCAUGGUGGGCAAAAAUUCUGUUGUAGAAGUGACAAUAGUUGGGCAUAAAACUCAUUAAAUAUGUUUUAGAAUAAAAUAUGAACUUUUUAAGUUUU